GUACGGGACGGCAGCUCAGAUAAAAGCGCGCAGAUUGCGGUGAAAAAGAAAACGCGCACUAUUUUUUCCAAGCGGCAGAUUUUCCAGCUGGAAUCCACGUUCGAGGCGAAGCGCUACCUGAGCAGUGCGGAACGCGCAUGUCUGGCCAGUUCGCUCCAGCUCACCGAGACCCAGGUCAAGAUCUGGUUCCAGAACCGGCGGAAUAAAUUAAAAAGGCAGCUGCUGUCGAAUGAAAUGGACGCACCGAGUGCGGAUUUCGGGGAGAAGACUGUAGGACUGCCGCUGUUCUAUAAAGAGAACGCGUUAUUGGGGAGAUGUUUAUUACCGGCGCCGGUACCGAUCCUGUAUCCCGGAGGCAGCGCGCCUUACCUCUGCUUCUCAAACCCCAGCAAAUACUUCGGACUCUUCCAAGAUGUCUGA